AUGAAGAUUCACCUGGUACUUAUUUCAGUCUCUACUGUACUAAUGGCUUUUCUGUGGAGGGACACAUUCGAUGCAGAAUCGGUGCGUGGGACCCGUGUGUUGGUGACUGGUGCCAGUACGGGAAUUGGGGAACAGAUUGCAUACCAUUAUGCACGACUGGGUGCCCAAAUCGUCGUCACAGCACGAAGAGAACAGGUUUUGCAGAGAGUGGUGAAGAUGUGUCGAAAGCUUGGCGCUGAGAAGGCCCUCUAUGUAACUGCAGAUAUGUCCCUGAUCACUGACCCUGAGAGAGUCGUUAAAUUUGCUGUUGACAACCUGGGAGGGCUAGACUUCAUGGUCCUGAACCACAUUGGAAGCAGUAACUUUGCCAUGUGGGAUGGAGAUGGUGACCAUGUUAGAUCGCUGAUGCAGGUGAAUUUUUUGAGCUAUGUUCAGAUGACGUCUGCAGCAUUGCCCGUCCUGGAGCAGAGUGGAGGUUCUGUCGUGGUAGUGUCGUCACUGUUGGGCAAACUGACCACCCCAUUUGUGGGACCUUAUUCAGCCACUAAAUUUGCCCUGAAUGGUUUUUUUGGCACGUUGCAGCAUGAGCUGAGUAUGCAGAACAGCAAUGUUUCUCUGACAAUCAGCAUUCUUGGAUUGAUUGACACAGACAGCGCUAUGGAGAAAGUCAGAGGGAAAACUUACAUGAUUGCCUACCCUGCCAGUGAUGCUGCCCUGCACAUCAUCAAAGCUGGGGCCACACAUCAGAAGGAAUCCUACUACCCCUGGUUUCAUUACUUCACCUGCCUUUUCAGAGACUGGUUCCCCCACUUCCGUGACCUUGUCAUACAAAAGUCCUUCACUUAUUGA